AUGAAACAUCAUAUUUUUUUUAUAUUUAUUCAAGUGAUAUUCACAGUUAGUUCGGGGUCAUCUGUUAAUAUAAACCUGUUCAAAAAUUCUUCAAUUGGACCUUAUGAACUGGAAUUCAAACAAGUUUAUAAUUGUAACCCUAAAAAACACAAUAAAAUUCAACAUAAUAUGUAUGUAAGUAAAAGAGGCAAUAAAAUAAUGCUCUUUGGGAAUUCUACACUCGAAGCACCUUUUGAUGACACAUUAUUCUUGGAAAUGAAAAUGGCUCUAAAAGAUUCAUUUGGAAGGUGGAAAGAAAAUACAUAUAUGCAGAAAAUACCAAAUGCUUGUUCAUCUAUGAAAAAAUUACUGGGAAACGGUUGGACUACGUUCGUAAAUGGUGCUGGAAGUCAAAAUACCAUUUGCCCAAUACUUCCGGGUAUUUAUAUAUCUCCAGGUUUAGAUACGUCACUUUUUAAGGAAUCCAAUCUUCCCAAAUCAUUUUUUUAUGGAACAUACAAAGUAAAUGUAUAUUAUACUAAAAAUAACCAAAUAUUUGGCUGUCAAGCUUUUAUUAUUGAAGUUAAACAUGUUAGUAAAAUCGACGAUGAAAAUUAUGUCAGCGAUGAUUCAAAUAAUGAAAGUUUCAUUGAGAUUACAGAAGAUAAUGUCGACAUCACCAAAGGAGACAAUAAUGAAGGACAAAAAAAUUUUGAUUGGUCGAGUGGCACUACUAAUAUGGAAAAAUAUAUAUUUAGAAUACCUGCAGUAGCAUUCCAAAAAAAUAAGAAAAAAAUAAGAAAGAUGAAAAUGAAAUACAGCAAUAUUCCAAAGCACCAGACACAAAAUGUAGUACAACCAUCACAUCCAUCACAAAAUACAACAUUAAAUUAUGUACAACAACCAUAUUUGUUGCCAUAUCCAUUUCAAACAUUCAAAUAUACACAACAACCAUUUCCUUCGCCAUCUCAAUGA